AUGAAUCAGAUAACACAGAGCGCUGCCGCUUUAUGUCCCAGUCCGCAUCCCCUUUCUUCCUGUCUCCGCCCUCAGAGGCUGUCAGGAGCUCCUGGGGCCGGGAUCACAAAGAAAGAGAGAAAGAAGAUGCGGACAGGGUGUUGUUACUUGCUGCUAGCUGCUCUCUCGCUUUCUGCACUAGCACAGUUCGUGCCGCCGUAUACUGAAGAUUGCAGAAGAGGCACGUAUCCACCAUCUGGUCCCACGUUUAAAGGCAUUGUUCCUUGGUACAAGAUAAAUCUUGACUUAGCUCCACGCGUGAGGUGGAACCAGUUGAUUAAUGAGAAGAAAGUGGAGCUGACCAGUUUAAUCCAGGUGAUCAAGGAAUUGGCAAAUGAUUUCUUUCCAAGUGGAAAACUAAUAGAAAUAGUGGAUAACAAUUUGGGUCCACUGGUGGACACACUUCCUUCACCAUUUAAUGAAGAACUAAAAGGAAUUGCAGAUGUGUCAGGAGUGCCGCUAGGAGAAGUUAUGCUGUUUAAUAUCUUCUAUGAAGUAUUCACGGUGUGCACGUCCCUUGUAGCUGAAGAUAAUGCAGGGAGGCUGUACCAUGCUAGAAAUCUGGAUUUUGGAUUAUUCCUUGGUUGGGAUAUCAAAAAUAGUAGCUGGAAAAUUCCAGAAUACCUUCGGCCUCUAACAGUUAAUCUGAAUUUCCAGAGGAACAACAGAACUGUAUUUAAAUCCACUAAUUUUGCAGGAUAUGUUGGAAUGCUGACUGGCAUGAGACCAGGGAUGUUUACACUUACGAUGAAUGAGCGUUUCAGCAUUGAUGGAGGAUAUAUCGGCAUUAUUGAAUGGAUAUUGGGUAAAAGACAUGGUAUAUGGAUGGGUUUCCUCACCCGAUCUGUGUUGGAAAAUGCAACCAGUUAUGCACAAGCUAAGGACAAAUUAGCCAAUACGGAAAUGCUGGCACCAGCCUAUUAUAUACUUGGGGGAAACCAGUCUGGUGAAGGUUGUGUAAUCACCCGGUCAAGGACAGCGACUCUGGAUAUCUGGGAGCUUGACAUUAAACAUGGCACCUGGUACGUUCUAGAAACAAACUAUGAUCACUGGAAGGACCCACUGUUUUUGGAUAAUCGUAGAAUUCCUGCGAUGAAGUGCAUGAAUCAAACAACACAAGCUAAUAUUUCCAUAGAAACUAUUUAUGAUGUUUUGACCACAAAGCCUGUCCUCAAUAAGUUGACUACAUAUACUACCCUGAUGGAAAUCUCUGAAGGAACAUUUGAAUCAUAUCUACGUGAUUGUCCAAACCCAUGUAUGCCAUGGUAGACAUCUGUGCCAGGUUGUGUUGUGGAAUUUUUGAGCUGGAUCUGAAAAUGAACAAGCAGUUCAAACUGCAUAAAUGCUGCUGAGUAUAUUAAUUGCUGAUGGCACUGACAUUCUGUAACGUGCGAAAGGUUUUAGGCUUUCAAUAUAGGCUCUUGUUAUAUAGAUUCUCAUGCUUAGCUAAAUAUUUGAAAUUUAAAUGUGUGGACUAAAUGUAAAGAAUACUUGUAUAAUUGAGUAGGUCAGUAAUUUCAAACUUAGUGAAAUGCGCUGUAGAGAUGAUGCUGAGCAGAAACUUCUAUCAAUUUGAAUCCUUUUCUUACUAAUCAGCAAUUAAUGUGGCAUUGCUUAUUAAAAUUUGUUUUUAAAAUUGUGGUGUCAGUUGUGUUAAUUUUAUGUAGUUGACACCAAAAGGAUGCAUAUUUUUGUUCUUCUCUGACUGUAAGAGUGUGCACAUCAGUGAAUGUUUGGCAUUGUCGUUUUGCUAAAUAAGCUACUUGGAUUCCAGUUUGUAAACAAAACUUGUUAUGUGCAAAAUCAAUAUUUGUGUUGUAUCUGACCACUAAACCUAAUGAAUAAAUCUAUUGAUUAAAACUAAGUUUUUAAAUUUA